AUGGCCUCACUCGAAGAUUUGACGCUCACUUUCAAACCUAUCCAAAUCUCGGAAUUAAAUAAGGAAGAAAAAUAUAAACCUUCAUGUAACAUUGGCUCUCCAUCGAAUGGCUCAUCUGUGUCAUCAUUGAAAUUUGAAAAUUUCGAUUGGUCAAAAACACAUUUACCUCCUCCGUUAUCUGGCCACGCUUGUUGUGCAAUUGCACUGGAUGAGAAAAAUCGAGAGGAUAACAUGGAAAAUAAUAACGAAUUAAUAAUCAUGGGAGGAAUUAGCAUUGGAUUUAAAAGAGUAAAUACUGCAUGGAUACUCUCUCCGAAAACACUUCAAAUUAGAAAGUAUGAAUAUCCUGAUCCAAUUCAAAUUAUGGAAUUUUCACAAGUGGACGACAAGUCUAACAACAAUUCUCCAAACAUGAACAAUAGCAAGAAACACUAUCUCACUCUGUUUCAUUCAUAUUUAACAAAUUUAAUUAACAAUAUUUCAUCAGAGGACUUGUCACAACAACCAUCGAAUGACAGCAAUCACACUUCAUCUCUUAAAUUUUUUCCAAAUUUAAAGAAAAAGAAAUCUUCGUCAUUAUUUGCAAGACCAACAGAAUUUCUAGAUGUUGACAGUGGUAGUUUAACAACGAUGAGCUUUGAAAAUUCGCGCACUGAAUCAUUAUCCCCACUUGAUAUUCAUUACAAAAUUUACCAAAGCAAAUUAUUGGAGUAUUUGAGGAAAAUUGCUUCCAAUACAUUUGACGAAAUGCAAAAUUUGAGCAAGAUGAAAAUUUCAUCCACCUCAUUCACAUCUCUCUUGUCACAACAAUAUGUUUCAAGAUCUGUCGUUUAUAAUUUUCCAAUUCCACGAGAAAGACACUGCAUGUGUGUUGUUCCAAAAAAACAAGCAUCAGAUUCUCGACUACUAGUCAUCAUGGGAGGAAUUGCUGAUAAGAAGAUUCGUCUUAACGAUGUCUGGUUUCUAAAUAUCGAUACCAUGAUGUGGCAUGAAGGUAGAUUAAAUGGUUACAGUGUCGAAGUUCCUCCUGAAAAUGCUACCGAAUAUUCAUGCAUCAAAAAGGCUCACACAUCAACUUGGAUUUCCCCAUUCGACACCACAAACUCACAGCAUGUUUCAACAAAAGAUGGAUGUACCAUUCAUUUAGGGAUUAAAAUUCCUACUCCAAGAUAUUAUCAUUCUUUGGUUGCCGUGAAUGAUUCUACAUUAAUACUCUUUGGAGGAUACGAUGGCGCGUUUCAAUGUGAUUUAUGGCUGUUGAAAUUAUUGGAUCGAAAGAAUGUGAUUUUUGAAUGGAAGAAAAUUGAGCUUUCAAAACAGGAAGCUGUCAUUCACAAAUUUCCAUGGCCUUCUCCUCGAUACAAUCAUUGGUGUGGUAUGUUAAAAGACAAAAUGCUACUUGUUGGAGGCGUUCUCGAUAAGAAUGUUCAAACGAACGAUGUGUGGUAUUUUGACAUUGAUUCUUAUCGUUGGAGAUGUUUAUUGGUUGACAGAGAUCAUGCUGCAAGUUCUGAGGACUAUCCAGAACGGAGGAGUGAUCACAGAUGUGCCAUUCUGGGAAAAUAUUUAUUGCUCACUGGAGGAGUUCACAAAAAGACCUAUUUACAUGAUACCUAUGUGUUGGAUUUAGAAAAGUUUACAUGGAGAAAAUAUUCAAAUGCAACGGUCAAUGAUGAUACUACCAAAUUUAUGCCAGGAAGAAUUAGUUUUUCUAUUCAGGCCCUAAAUCCUACAUCAGCAAUCGUUUUUGGAGGAAUUGUCGAUAAGGAUAAGUUAGUGGCAAGAGCGAACGAUAUUUGGAUGAUUGAAACCAAUCUCCAAUUGAAAUCAGAUCCCAAUCUCUCAAAGAUUGGAUUCAUCAAUGAAAAGAGAAUUGGUUCUAAUUAUUUGAUUGAAAGAAUAUUAGGAGCUGGCGGCCAAGGACAAGUUUUUCUCGUGAAGGACGAAUCUGUGACAUCCGAAAACAAGUAUUAUGCGUUGAAACGAAUGACCAUCAAUUUCUCAGAUGACGUCGGAAGAAACAAAGCCGUGGCAAGUGACAUGGUCUUUAAUGAAAUUUUCAUUGUUCAACAAUUGAAGCAUGAAAAUGUGUUGCCCACCUAUUCCUUCUUUUUGGAAAAGAAAAUGGAAGAAAACUCAAAAUCUAAUGACUUCACACUGAACCUUAAUAUUUUAAUGCCCUAUUGUGAAGCUGGUGAUUUUAGUGCCUUUUUUGCCCGAAGAAGUUAUCAAUGGCAAAAAAUUGGCAUGUUUUGGGACGAAUGUGAAGUGAUUUCAUGGUUACUUCAAAUUGCAAGGGGCCUUGAGUAUAUUCACUCGAGAAAUAUUAUUCACAGAGACUUGAAACCAAGUAAUAUUUUUGUAACAUUUGACAAGAACAGUAGUAACCUUAAGGGUGGCAAUGGAGAUGAUACCAGCUCGAGUGAAACUCCUCAAAGACAGACUAUUGUUUUCAAAAUUUCAGAUUUUGGACUAGCUAAGAACGUCUCCAAUUCUCUAGCAAAAACUACAUGUGGAACAAUGCUCUACCUAGCCCCUGAAAUUUAUACAGAAGAGGUCUAUUCAGAAAAAGUGGAUAUUUGGUCCUUUGGGUGUAUUAUUGCAUUUUGCUUAUUUCAAUCAAAAUUGAGAAUUGAUUUGAAAUUGCCAUCACAAAAGAAACAAUUAAUUGAGCUAUUCCAUCCAAAGACAAGCAAAUCGACCAGUGUUGACAAUUCUUACAUGGACAAAUUGGUAGGAAAAGAUGAAUGGUUGCAAUUAACAUUGGAUUGUGUCGAACAAGAGCCUGACAAGCGACCAUCUGCUUCUGAAAUUGUCAAGCGCUUGGAGUUGUUGUUGGAAAGAGUGAAAAAAGCCAAUGAAGAACGGUUACAGAAAAUUAGGGAGCAAGCACAAGAAACGUCAUGCAAUGUUUCAACAACAGAUUCGUCUGUGGAGGUUUCUUCAAGUAAGACGAUAAGUGAUUCACCAUCAUUGACGAGCUCUACUGCUGAAGAAUUGGUAACAUUUCCUUUAACAACAUCAACAGCACAAAAUCAACAACACAAUGAACAAGAAAAUAAUCCACAGUUCAUACAGCAGCAUGACAAAGACCAAGCAAGUGUGAAUGAAUUGCAAGAAGAUCAUGAUGAACCACACAACAUUUCAUCGGAGUCUGAUACUAAAUUGUUUCAAGUUCUGGAACCACUGAUUUUAAAUAGCGACUUGUCACAGUCUUUCCAAUCUAAUUCUUCAACUGGAGCUAUUCAAAACCUUUUGCUUGCCAACAAUGAUCCGACCAAAGACCGCGAUGAAGAAGAGUUAUGGAUUGAAUUACAAGCAUGGAUCUUUCAAUUUGAAGAGAAACAACUCUUAGAUGAAAAAGAAGUCGAUUUGUUAUGCAUUGCAAUCGAUCACCAGAAUUCAACAUUGAAACGAUUUUACAAGGCUCUUAAAAAGAUUUCGAACAGUUCCAACUGUGAUGAUGGCUUUGGAGAGGAAUCUCAAAUCAUGAACCAAGAAUUGAAUAAUUCAAUGUUGCUCAAGCAAUUGAAACGAUUUUUAAAGUUGAAUGUCCAAGAGUGA